CGAACCCCCGGGUUCCAUAGAUAGAUCCUCAAAAAAGACCCAGAGAUUUCGAUAGACGAUCCUGAUCCAUCAACAACCUCAUUUACUAUAAACUUAGAUAUACCUAUUGUUCGCCUAGGUACAUACACUUAUUUUACCCUAUAAUAGUUACAAUUCUACAACCUGCCCUUGCGACUUACCCUCAAUCAUAGGGGUUAACGUAUACCACAUAGACACAACUCACCUCAAAACUAAACACAUCCACGAUGGCGACAGCAUACCAAACCGAGUCACCCCAGUUCACCAACAGUUUCGCUGGCGAACAACCGGAAACAAGACAACGAACCGGGUCACGAGACUACUCCAACACAGACGAGUGGGACGCAUCCAAGACAGUCCCCUCCCGCUUCCAAAAGCGCAAGGGCAGCAUCUACGCCACACCCUCAUCGCGCGACGGCCACAUCGAGCGUAACCGCGACGCAGUCGAAGAAUUCCACAAGGCGCACUCGAAGCGUUGGUCCGUCUCUAGCACAAGCUCCAGCCGCCGGGGUAGCGUAGGCGGGACCCGCGACGCGAGCAACGAGCAACAACAGCAACAACAACGCCGCAAGGCCAGCCAAUAGGUCUGGACGGUCUGGGUGCCAGUGAUACCAUAGAUUCGGGAUCACACCAACAACGAACAAACACAACCACAAAUCCAAAAUGCCAAAAUCAAAACCGAACAGAUUGGGGAAGAAGAUGCGCGUAGAAGAAGAGAAAAGGAGUCCAUGUGUCUGUCGUUUUUACGAGGUCUAGUAGAUUCGUUUGCUUGUAUGACGUAUAUCGGGUACCGGUGAUGGGAAUUGUGAGUGACGGGGAUUGGAAUGAGGAUGUUGAAGUGAUGAGAUGAGAUAAAUGAUGAGAUACGUACACCUAGCCAGACGUUGCCUUUCUAUAUUAUUGUUCGGUAUAAUUCCACGACAUAAGCAUGAAUAUAAAGAAUCCUCUACCUCUAC